AACUAAAAUCUUGGCUCGCUAGUCGCUAGCCUACUGCAGUUUUUCUGUGUUAAAAAUCAUCUGUGAGAUCAACCUUCAACCUACUAAUUUUAUAAUAUUUUGAAAUAUAAAUUUAAUUUUCUCUUCAUUUUCAUUUUUAGUUUUAAACACAAUUUCCCUGAAAUAAUUCAGAUAAUUGUAGUUAUUUUUAAGAAUUAUUGUUAAAGAAAUAGUUUUUAACAACGUGUGUCGUGUUCAUUAACCUGUGAUAUUGUUCAUAUUUAAUAAUAAGAAAAGUAUACCCUAAGAGAAUCAUGCCUGAUACUUAUACUUGUAUAACAUGCCAAGUUCUCUUUAAUUCUGCUGAUUUGCAACGAGAACACUAUAAAUUGGAUUGGCAUCGGUAUAAUUUAAAGAGGAAAGUGGCUGGUAUCCCUCCAGUGACAUUGGAAGAAUUCGAAUUGAGAGCUAAGGAGCACAAGGAACGAAGCCAAAAUGAAAACUGUGAUGAAUCAGUUUAUUGUAAAUGUUGUUCCAAAUUGUUCAACACAAAAAAUGCAUACAACAAUCAUCUAAAUAGCAAGAAGCAUAAAUUAGCUGAACAAAAAAGUGUUCAAAGUGAUAAGGAAAAUGAGAAACAAGAGGAUGAUAGCCAUUCUGAAACAAAUAGUUUUGAGAAGAUUGAGAGUAAUCCACAGCCCCAAGAGAAAUUUGUUGUAAUUAAACCUGACAAUCAUUCUGAUGAUGAGGAUAUUGAAACUGAUUCAGAAAUUGAAGAGCUUGAUUCAGAUGAGUGGGAUGAAUGCAGAGUUAAGGGAAGUGAUUCACUUAUCAAACCCCAGGAUUGCCUGUUUUGUGGUCACCAUAGUAAGAAUAUGGUGAAGAAUCUUAGACACAUGUCUGUUACACAUUCAUUCUUCAUACCUGAUGUGGAAUACUGCAUUGAUCUUAAGGGACUGCUUCUGUAUCUAGGGGAAAAAAUAUCUCAAGGAUAUAUGUGCUUGUGGUGCAAUGACACUGGCAAGACAUUCUAUUCAAUGGAUGCAGCACAGGCUCACAUGAUAGAUAAAGGGCAUUGCAAGAUGCUUCAUGAAGGAAUUGCUUUGGCCGAGUAUUCUGAUUAUUAUGAUUACAGCUCCUCAUACCCUGAUCAUGCAGAUGGUGAUGAAGACAUGGUGGUGGAUGAACCAGCAGACGCCGCCGCUGUUGAUGCAGAUAAUUUCCAACUGGUUCUCCCGUCUGGUGCUGUUGUUGGACAUAGAUCCUUAAUGAGGUACUACAAACAAAACUUGCCAGCGAACACAGAAGUAGUUCUAAAGAAGUCAGAACGCAAAUUGCAUCAUUUGUUGGGAGUGUACCGGGCCUUGGGUUGGGCGCCCAAGGAACAGGCAGCUGCUGCCAAGAACGCUCGCGACAUUCACUUUAUGAAGCGUGUUCAAUCAAAAUGGCAGAUGAAGAUGUCGAUGAAAAAUAACAAGUUCCAGAAACAUUACAGGCCUCAGGUCAACUUUUAGGUAUAUUUUAUUAUAUUAUUACACGGUGUGUAGUCGCGAUCCACAAAAUUCGCUUUUGUCUUGUGUAUUUUAGUCGUUAAAGCGAAAUUUAAAUGAACUUGUAAUGGGCUAUUUGAUAAGACUUU